UGUCAGCGGUUUUUCGCGCCAUUUUUCCCAUUUAUUUCUAUCUGUAAUCUUUUUGCAAACACUAAAUAAACCGCCAAGAUACUCAAGAACUAACGAAUUUUAAACAUUGAGAUCUUGCACGAAUGCAAUCGGCUGCGUAGGAUUUUGAUCUACUAGUUUAGAGAAGUUUCACGGUUUGUAGUCAAGUGAAGCUUCCCGUUGUCAUGUGAAAUCAACACAUCGUCACGUCUACAAAAUCCACUACAAAAUCCACUGCAGUUGGAUAUUUCCGGUUGGUGAAGUCGCGAUUCUAGCAUUCCUGAUUGAUCAAAAAAGAUUUGCUUGAAUUAUGGCAGACAAGAGAAGAACGAUCAACAAAUAUCCAAAGCCCUAUACAAAUGAUGCCGCACCAAGGAAAGCUGAGAACUUCCAUUUCAAAACAAGGGAUGCAUGUGUAUCUGGACAAACUGCAAAUAUUGGGCUCAAAAUUUGCAAAGCCAUUGUCCUUGGAGAUGUUGCUGUUGGAAAGACAAGCUUGAUUAAUAGAUUUUGCCGAAAUGCAUUUGACCAUGAUUAUAAAGCCACAAUUGGUGUGGACUUUGAGGUUGAAAGGUUUAAGAUUUUGGACCAGGAAUUUAAUAUGCAAAUCUGGGACACUGCUGGCCAGGAGAGGUUCAAAUGUAUGGCUGCUGCUUACUAUAGAGCUGCACACGUUAUUAUUUUAGUGUUUGAUUUAUCAAGAUCAAGGAGUCUUGAAAAUACAAGGAUUUGGCUGGAUGAAGCUUUACAAUCUAACCCCUCAAACUACCCAGAUAUAUUUCUAGUUGGCACCAAGAGUGAUUUAUGUAAAUGCAGCGAUUUUGAUCAGAUGGAAAUGCGAGCUAUUGAGGUAGCACAGGGACUUAAUGCAGAGUACUGGUCUAUCUCCUCUAAAACAGGUGUGAAUGUCGUGGAGUUUUUCUCACGCAUGGCGGCUGUGGCAUUUGAGCAAUCCUUGCUUCGAGGGCUUGAACUACAAGAGAAGCGCAACGCAGAGUCUAAGCAGAUCGGUGGACAAAUAGGCACCCACGUGGGCAAGGGAGAUGUGUUGAAGAUCUCAGCAAGGAAGGAACAAGAGCAAAAACCUGUCAAAAACUGCUGUGGGGGUGGAAGGUGACGACAAUACAAGGCAAUAUGGAAAAUUGGAAAAGAGAAUUUGGUGCUGAUGGCCUUUCCAGUGUGCCAUGUGCUCAGUGUACAUAUAAUAGGUGAAAAUUAGCCAAACUGAAUAUGUGAGUUUGUCAAUAACGUCAAUUAAAAAAACAUUAAAAAAUC